CGUCACGGUUCCGUCCCACGCCUUCGCGAAAGAGGGCGAGAUUCAGGAAUAAAUAUCCUGAGAUUCAUGAGAUUCAGACACAGACACAAAGAAGACAGAGUGAGAGAGUGAGAGAGACUUUGGAUUAAAACUCAUUUUACCGCACAUUGCAGUGGAUCAGAGACACGCGCACCGAGAGGAGUUUCCAGUAAGACCUGUGUGAGAACCAUGAAUUUAUUCCAGCAACUAUUCCUGCUUCUUCCAGCUGUUUUAUGUUAUGCCGAUCACACAGUGCUACAUCACAGACAGAAGAGAGGGACACGUAUGUAUACUAGAGAGAUGUGUGUGGACAAUGACUCAGUCAGAAACACUGGGGCGACGUGGCUGCGUUGGAAAGGUCCAAAAGUUGAAUUCUGCCGCUGUACCUCACGAGGAAGACCAAAAUGUCAUGAGAUACCAGUUACCAAGUGUUUUCUUCCAAAGUGUUAUAAUGGAGGGUUGUGUAAAGAAGCUGUUUACUCGAAUGAUUUUAUAUGCCAGUGUCCAACCGGGUUUACCGGCACUCAGUGUGAAAUCAAUACAGGUGAGAAAUGUGCGAGGGGUCAAGGGUUAGAUUACCGUGGUAUUUGGAGUACAAGCGCAUCACGACUGGAGUGUAUUAACUGGAAUUCAACGUCACUGAGAGGAAAGAGAUUCACAGCUAAAAGACCAGAAGCCAAUACACUGGGACUGGGAAAUCAUAACUUCUGCAGAAAUCCAGAUGGAGAUACUAAGCCCUGGUGUUAUGUUUAUAAAAGAGCUCAGAUCACAUGGGAAUUCUGCUCUUUACCCACCUGUGUAUCAGAGCCCACGCAGGAGUGUUUACUCGAAUCAGGACAGACGUACAGAGGAACAAAAGCUAUUACACGCAGUGGUUUAACAUGUUUACCGUGGGACUCUUCCGCUGUCUCUAAAAAAGUCUAUAAUGCGUGGACAUCUAAAGCCCGGGAUCUCGGCAUCGGCAGCCAUAACUUCUGCAGGAACCCAGACCGUGAUCAAAGCCCCUGGUGUCACGUCUACAAAGGAUCACUGCUAACCUGGGAACUGUGCGAUAUCCCUAAGUGCCCGAAGAAAACUCCAUCAAUAACCACGCAUGGACCACGAGCUCCCACACCCAUCAAUAGUCAGGGUUCCUGCGGUCAGCGUCUUGAAGCUCCUUCAAACUCGCUGCCCAUGUUUAGGAUACGAGGAGGUCAGAGCAGCGACAUCAGAGAGCAACCGUGGCAGGCCGCUAUUACUGUAUAUCUGCCACGUGCCAACACUUUUAACUUCCUGUGUGGAGGGGUUCUCAUUGACUCCUGCUGGAUCCUAUCAGCUGCUCACUGCUUCCAGCAGGGUUAUUCAGAGAAACGUCUUCGGGUGAUUCUUGGUCGAACCUUCAGGCUUCAGAACUCCAGCAGUGAGCAGAUCUUUGAUGUGGAGAAAUAUUGGGUUCAUGAAAAUUAUGAUGAUGACACUUAUGAUCAUGAUAUAGCUCUGCUCAAGUUAAAGAGCGAAGAUGGUAUCUGUGCUAUAAACUCUCCUGAGGUUCUGCCUGCGUGUUUACCAGAACCAGACCUGGUUUUACCUGACUGGACCGAGUGUGAGAUCUCAGGCUAUGGGAAAGAGGAAGAGUUUUCUCCGUUUUACUCCGAGAGAAUUAAGCGAGGUCUCGUUCGGUUAUGGCCUCAGGAACAGUGUGUCCCAGAGAAGCUGGCCGGGCGUCUGGUGACUCCUAACAUGUUGUGUGCCGGAGACACACGCGGUUUAGACGAUGCAUGCAAGGGGGAUUCUGGUGGUCCUCUGGUGUGUCCUAAGAAUGGCAGGAUGAUGUUGAUGGGGUUGAUCAGCUGGGGUGACGGGUGUGGAAAGAAAGACGUGCCCGGUGUUUACACUCGUGUCACAAACUACACAAAGUGGAUCUCUAAUAAGAUGAGAUCUAACUGAGACAUAAUAGCAAAUGACUGUUGGGUACUCAAAUGAAGGUGAUGUGGAGGACGUCUCCAUGUCCAUUGAUCUUCACACAGCUGGACCAGUGAGCAUCACUCUCACAUAUCGAACUUUUAGUCUUUUUAAAGCUCUUCAGAUUUCAACAAGAACCCAUCAGUUGCGGGAGAAUACAUAACAGAACCUCAGAUGUUUUGUGAUGCUGUGAGUUGAUCAUUGCAUGUACUGAAUUGAACGACAUGUUUCAAUGAUGUAUUUUAGGAUGCUGCAGAAAUUGUGGCUUAAAACCAACCAAACGUUCUGCUAUAGAACGAUGCUGAAUUGACUUUGGGUACAAACUCUGAUUCAGAGAUGGACCUGCUUCUUUAAUAGUACUUUUAGUAUUUUAAAAUGUUUAAAGGUGCCGUAUAAUGUAAAACUGUAUUUACCUAAGCAUAGAUGAAUGAUAACACCAAUUGUGACGUUACGCCCACAACAUUAAAUGAAUCACAAUGUUGUUACAAUGCUAAAAUCAAAUUGUGACUGUUGAGUUAGCACUUAUUGCUAGUUAAUGCUAUAUGCUAGCAUUUAGGCUGAAGUUCUACUAUUGACGUUUUGCAGGUCCAUACUGAAAAAACACAAACUUGCCACUUAGAAACGUCCAUUAACAAUUCCCAAACCAUUGAUUAUUCCUCAAAUUUUGUAUCUUUAUUUGAUACAGACUCAAACAUAAGGUCUGUUUGCAUACACACAGAGCUACUGAAGAGCUGCUCUGAGAAACAGCCAAUCAGAGCAGAGCUCAACAUUAUUAUUCAUAACCCUUUCAAAUAAGGGUUGCAAAUGGACAUGUAAAACCGUCUCUGGAUAUUUUUUCACUUAAUAAAGACAAACAUCUUUUAUGUAGAUAUCAAAGAACAAUUUAAAUUUGUUUAUGCAUUCUUUGGCACCUUUAAAUGGAUUUAGACGGAGCACUUCAUGUAGCUUAACUGGUGGAGCAUUAUGUUAGCAGCGCAUGGGUCAUGGGUUUGAUUCUAGGGAACACACAUGUUAAUAAAAUAAAUAACAUUGACAUGAUAAUAAGUGACUAAAUACAUUUCAUCUCUGAAAAGAAGUGAAAGCAUUCUGUAUUCUUGGCUGUUACAGGAUGUUUUUGUGUUGUGAUGCUUUUUGGCAUCAAAUCAAUUUUUUAAUACAUUUUUAACACUAAAUGUCUGCUGGGUCAGAGAGACUUGUGUUUACUACAGUAUGUAUUUAAUAAGACUUACAGUUCCACUAAUGGUAUGAUUGUAUUAAUCAUCCAAGAUCUAAUAUUAUUACAUGCUUUAGAUGUUGGGAUACAUAUUAACUUAUUAUUUAACUUUUUACAUUUUUUUUGUAAACCUUAGAUUUAUAUUCAUACAUUAUUGUUUUAUGGUUUUAUAAAUGCUUGUACAUUAUUGUGUGUGACUUUUUAUAAAAAAAAUAAUGAAAA